CGUGCAGUCAGUGGCUGCGAUAAGCGACAGCAGAGUUUGCCACAGCUAAAAACAAUAGCAGCAACGAGCAAUAUAUUUCGUUAUUGGUUUUGUUUUGAUAUUGAGCGGUGGCAACGCCGGCGUCUGUGUCUUCGUUUACCCCUGCAAAGUGUUAAUCAUUUUUAUUUUGCAGUUUUUAGUUUUAUGAUGCGUUAGUCGAGUUCGUCACAUUAGUUGAGUGCCGGACGUCCCAGCGACAGCCUCGAGCAGCAGCACAAGCACCAGUAGCCGCACCAGCAGCAGCACCAGCAGCAGCAGCAGAAGAAGAAGAAGAGGCAACAACAUGACAAACAAAAGCCAGCCGCAGCACAUUUUGAAGCUCAGCGCUGAGCAGCGACGCCGCUUUGUUGACUCCUUCGAUCGGGUGUACAGUGACAUAGAUGGAGUUAUCUAUACCCUGAAAGUGAAUGUGCCGAAUGCCGACCAGGCGUACGCGGCCCUGGAGCGUGCCGGCAAGCAGCUCACCUUUGUUACCAACAACAGCGCGCGCAACGUUGACGACACUGUGAAGCGUUUUGCGAUGGCCAACAUGCAGGUGAAACCAGAGCAGAUCUGGCAUCCGGCUCAGACAAUGGUCUACUAUUUGCAAAGCAUCAAAUUUGAGGGUCUUAUCUACAUCAUAGCCUCGCCUGAGUUCAAGAGGGUGCUGCGCGAGGCGGGCUACCAGCUUAUCGAUGGCCCCAACCAAUUCAUUGACGACACCUAUGAGGAUUUGGCACGCAACAUUUUUGACAAGCAGCCGGUGCGCGCUGUCGUCAUCGAUGUGGACUUCAAUUUGACCGCGCCCAAAAUGUUGCGCGCCCAUCUCUAUUUGCGACAUCCCGAAUGCCUGCUGCUUUCCGGCGCCACAGACCGUUUGUUGCCCGUGGCAAAGGGUGUCAACAUCAUUGGACCCGGUGCCUUUGCCUCCGUCUUGAUUGAGGCCAGCGGCAAACAGCCCACGGUUCUGGGUAAACCGGGCCGCGCACUUGGCGAUAUGCUGAUCCAGCAGCACAAUGUUACCAUGCCCAGUCGUGUGCUCAUGAUCGGCGAUAUGCUUGCCCAGGAUGUGCGCUUUGGCCGCAUGUGCGGAUUCCAAACGCUGCUCGUUCUGACCGGCGGCUGUACGCUCGACCAGCUCCAGGCGGAGACCUGUCCUGAACAUCUGCCCGACUACUAUGCCGACAGCGUCGCCGAUUUCAUACAAUUGCUUGCCGACAUUGCGCCCAAGGCGCAUGUCUGAGGCCCACUACACCAUACACCAUAAGCAUUCGGGAUUGGGGCACGUAUCUGUAAUCUGUAAACGGUUAAGGGUUCUAUUGUGUCAUAGGUAUAUAGGUGGAUUCGGAACGUGACCAUCAUUGUGGUCUCUGCAACUAUUGCAUUCUGUUCCAGAAACCAACAAUAAUUCUGCCAAGAAAUGCAAAUCAAACUAAAAAUAACCGCAAUAAUACUCCAAGAUUUGAAUACGAAAUGGUUUCGAAUCGAACCAUUUUUGAAAGCGAAAAUAUUUACAAUUAAAAUUCGGUUUGCUGCCUUAUAGAAAUUAUUUGUUAUAGUUAAGUUAGAUCAUUGAAUGUUUGGUUCUUGCUUCUGCAAUUCAUUUGUUUAUUGUUGUUAUUGAUUAACAAAUAAGAAAUUCACUUGCCGAGUAAGUCGAGCAUCUGGAAAAUGUUUAUAGACAAGUUUCAUAAUUGUUUAUGUUAUAAGAACGAUUUAUAUAUAUAUAUAUAUAGAUGCACUUUAUUGGCUUCAAGGGAUCUACUUGAGCUGUUUAUGUUUAAAACAAUACAGUAUAUAGAAUAAGUA